AUGGUUACCAUCACUAAUCGUGGAGACUGUCGUAGUCAGCGGAUAGAAGGUGUUCAGAUUCGUAUUGGUAAUAGCCUGGAAAAUAACGGCAAUAACAAUGAACUAUUCAACAAUCAGAUCAGGGUUGCAACUGUUGAGUCCAUCCCGGCUGGUGGCACAGCAACAUUUACAUUUAAGGAUAUUGAAGGACAGUUUGUCAACAUUUUUCUACCUGGGAACAAUAAAAUACUCACUCUAUGUGAGGUUCAGGUAUUUGCAGACGUGGAGAUAAUAACCCAGGACGCUGAUGUUAAAGACGAAGAGCUAAUAUCUCAGUACACUGUAGCUGUCACCGAUGGUGAGUAUCCACCAUAUAUAGAACCCACAUCACAGGCCUAUCCUGUCAGUGAGAAUCUUGCAUCUGGAGCCAGAGCUGUCCAGUCCUCCACCUACAGUCAGUUGGGAAUUGCAGAGAAUGCUGUUGAUGGCAACAAAGAGUCAGAAUAUUUCGAGGGCUCAUGCACUCACACUGCAGCUGAGAAGAAUCCCUGGUGGAGAGUGGAUUUGACUGAAGUUCACAAAGUAACAAUGAUUACCAUCACUAACCGUGCAGACUGCUGUGAGGAGCGAAUAAUCCGAGCUCAAAUUCAUAUUGGGAACAGCCUGGAAAACAAUGGCAACAACAAUGAGCUAGCUGCUACUGUUGGAUCCAUCCGAUCUGCUGGAACGGAAACAUUCAUAUUCAACCCUAUUGAAGGACGAUAUGUCAAUAUUUUCCUGCCAGGGGACAAGAAAGUACUCACUCUAUGUGAGGUUCAGGUUUUUGCAGUAAAAACUGGUGCAAUGAAGACAAUUCAUGUGGUGGUAUAUUAUAAAUUGGUUGUUGAUGAGCUGUAUUGA